UGCGUGACUCGGACAGCCUUUGUCUCCCCGAGUGCUUGCCUGGCCCCGGGACCCUCUCGGACUCUGCAUCCAGGGAGGGUGGGAGUUCCAGGGUUCUCCUGUCACCUCCUGUUCGAACUGCAGCCUUUGAGCCUGGCAUUCGACUGCACAGUCAACUGCAAGUUGUUUGGUAACUUCGUUUCACGUUAAAGUUUGUACAGUUCUGCUUGAGUUUUUAAAGCAGUAGUUCUUUAUUAGGGAAAUAGAUGUGGCCUCAUGGAUGAGCUGGUACAUGACUUAGCCUCAGCCUUGGAGCAGACAUCUGAGCAGAAUAAGCUUGGUGAGCUGUGGGAGGAGAUGGCGCUGAGCCCUCGGCAGCAGAGGCGGCAGCUUCGCAAACGGAGAGGCCGGAAGCGCCGUUCAGACUUCACUCACCUGGCAGAGCAUACCUGCUGCUACAGUGAGGCCUCUGAGUCAAGUCUGGAUGAGGCCAUCAAGGACUGUCGAGAAAUGGCCCCAGUCACCAAUUUUAGUGACUCUGAUGACACUAUGGUAGCCAAACGGCACCCAGCUCUUAACGCCAUUGUUAAGAGUAAGCAACAUUCUUGGCAUGAAUCUGACUCCUUUACUGAAAAUGCGCCUUGUCGACCGCUCAGGCGCCGGCGGAAGGUGAAGCGCGUAACAUCAGAGGUGGCUGCCAGCCUUCAGCAGAAGCUCAAGGUGUCAGAUUGGAGCUAUGAGAGAGGCUGCAGGUUCAAGUCUGCGAAGAAGCAGCGUCUGUCCCGCUGGAAGGAGAAUACUCCCUGGACCUCAUCAGGUCACGGGUUGUGUGAAGCAGCAGAAAAUAGGACCUUCCUAAGCAAAACGGGAAGGAAAGAAAGGAUGGAGUGUGAAGCAGAUGAACAAAAACAGGGCUCUGAUGAGAAUAUGUCAGAAUGUGAAACCAGCAGUGUGUGUAGCAGCAGUGACACAGGGCUCUUUACCAACGAUGAAGGACGGCAAGGGGAUGACGAGCAGAGUGAUUGGUUCUAUGAAGGAGAAUGUGUCCCAGGAUUCACUGUCCCUAAUCUUCUGCCCAAGUGGGCUCCUGACCAUUGCUCUGAAGUAGAGAGAAUGGAUUCUGGACUGGAUAAACUUUCAGAUUCCACAUUCCUUUUACCUUCUCGGCCAGCUCAAAGAGGGUACCAUGCUCGCUUUAAUCGUCUGCCUGGAGCUGCAGCUCGAUGCCUCAGAAAGGGGCGAAGAAGGCUUGUUGGGAAGGAGUCCAGCAUGAGUAAUUUGGGAACUGAGAGGAUAAGCCACCUCAUUGUGACCCUCGGCAGAAAGAAAAGAAUAAAGCGUUGGCUUCUGAUUUUCCUCACAUUUCUGCUUGUGCACAUGAGUUUAAUCCUCUUUCUCCCCUUUACUCCCUGGAUGUUCUUGCUGAUGCUUCUCACCGAAGAUGUUCACCAGCACACUGCUCUGCCAGACAGGCAAACAUACACCUGGGACCGCCAUGUUCACGUGACAUCAAGAGGAAGCGGAAACCUGUGGCUACAGCAUCUCUGUCCAGCCCAAGUGCCAGGUCUUGGACUGGUAAGGAGGCCUGGGCCCACUUCUACAUAUAAGAAGGCUACCCCCCAUCUAGUACUUGCUUCAGUUUUUACUUGCUGCUGUUGGUAUGUAAAACAUGAGUUGCUCGAUUCUACCUACAAGCAGAAAACAGCCUCCUAGUCCUGGCCACUCCGG